AUGUUACCAGUCGAAGUAUACGUUCAAUCGGUAAGGAUACAAAGACAACAUGAGAUAUCGUCUGAAGACUAUUGGAGUAUGAUGAUAGAUGAGCUCGUCGAUUUAGAUGAAGAAAGAAUGUUGGCUCUAUAUUCGUUGAGAAGACGAAAAGAAAAAUUAGCUAGAGCUUACAACAAGAAAGUAAGAAAUAAGGUGUUCGUAUGGAAAUGGUCACCAAACUGGGAAGGACCAUUUAAGGUAAUCCAAGUCUUUACCAACAACGCGUACGAGUUAGAGGAGUUAACUCCAGAUCGACGGAUCAUCAGGGUAAAUGGAAAAUACUUAAAGGAAUACAAACCUACUCUUCAGGAGCUCACUAUUUCGACAAAGUAG